GCGAAGGCCAACGAGGACGCCUCGAGGAUGUCGGACCCGACGCCGUCGCCGUUGUCCGCCGCGGCCGGCAUCAAGCUGGACUCUCCGGCGUCUGGCGGCGGCGGAAUGGCGCCUGUUACAUCAUCACCGAAUAAGCCGCUUGUCAAUGGUGACCGGAAACCAGGCGACGACGCCGCGGGCGUUGGCGGCCUUGGCGGAGGUUGCGGCGGCAAUGGGCCGCUCAUGAUGAUGACGACGACAACGGCAAUGUCGACGUCGGCACCACCAGGGCUCAUUCCGAAUGGCUUCAAGACCAACGGUGUGCAGAAACAGGCUGUGGUCAAGCCCAAUGUUCUCACUCACGUCAUUGACGGAUUCGUCAUCUUGGAAGGCCCGGAACCGUUUUCCGACUUCAAGACCAAGAAAGAAAACGAUGAUCUCAAGAAGGAUGGCUUUAAUACCUCGACUUUGUCUGGUGCCGUGAAGCGUCGAUUCUCUGACGACAGCGGCGACGAAUCUCUUUCCAAAAAAUUCGACGGGAGAUCGGAGUUGUCUGGCGACGAGCGAAAGUCGAGUCCUGGACGCGGAAUGUCUCCGGGAAGCGGGUUCGGGUCGGGUGACGAUCAGCCGAGUGGGAAAAUGGCGUCGCGCAAAAAUCCGCAGCGUUGCGAAAUGUGCGGCAAGACUGACUUUAAGCGGAAACCCGGGCGCCCCGCGGCUCGCAAAUUCUGCUCGCCAGCUUGUGCCAAAAAAUCUUGCGCUGAGAUCUCAAGUAAUCAGGCCUUGGGAGCGCGGUUGGAUGGAUCGAUGCCGAUGGAGGAAGACGGGGAUCCGGUUCCUGAGUUGCAGUUGGUUCACGCCGACGUGACGAGUGUCGGCACUGACGGACUCCAGCUCGACGCUGCGCUUGGCUCUCCCAAAUCCGACGGGCCCUUGAGUCCCAGACCCGCUGUCGCACGUUGGAGUGUGACGGAAGUGCGCGACUGGGUGAAAGGGAUCGGCGGGUGUUCCGAGUACGCCGAGGACUUCUUUUUGCAAGAAAUCGACGGCCAGGCGUUGUUGCUGCUCAAGGCAGACCAUCUCAUGCAAGCCAUGUCGAUGAAGCUCGGGCCUGCGCUAAAAAUCUGUGCCAAAAUCACGCAGCUCCGCGCCCUGGAGGGCGGCAACGGGGCGGCGCCUUCGACCCCGGCCACCCCGAAUGCCCCUGGACCCAUGAGCCCGCGAAGCGGCGAGCAAAUGGUCAACUGA